AUGCUCAAAACUAGUCACGUGGUCAAGUUCAUCGGUCAACUCUUCCCCUACCGCAAAGCUUUAUCCGGUGACCGCGUUGGUUUAAUUUAUGGCAGUCCCCACAAGCCGGUUGAAAAAGUGAUUAGUGCCCUUGACCUAACGCCCGAAGUGAUGGAUCAAGCGGUGCGCGAGCAGUGCGAUCUAAUUAUUGUUCACCACCCCUUUCUCUACGAAGUUUCGCUUGAUCUAGAGUGGCAAAAAGCGCCUUAUAAACACCUGAUCCACAAGCGACUAGUUAACACCGGAAUCGGCCUCUUAGUUGCCCACACCAACUACGAUUUAAUUUGGCAAGGCAUGAGCGAACAAGUUGUUGAGACGCUCUCCUUUGCGAGCGUGCGCGCGAUCGGGACUUACCGGGCCGGCGCCAUUUUAACGACCAAUUUAUCGAUGUACCAAAUCUUUGAACUAAUUAAACGUAAACUAGGGAUCGAAAUUUUCCGCUCCAACUUUGCCGUCCCGAAAAACACCCGCUCGGACGAACAUAAAAUCGCCAUUUUGCCCGGUGCUAGCGAUGUGCGCGACAUAUUGCUCGCCCAUCAGCAAGGCGCCCAAACGAUUUUAACUUCGGACGUGAAAUGGUCAACUUGA